AUGGUUCAUCCAUCUACGGUGCGCCUGGGUGCUGUCUUGCUCAUUCUGUUGUUCGCUGUUCUUUUAACUGAGGGAGCUCCUCAACCAAAGGCCAAGAAAGUCAAGUGUCAAGACAAGAAGUUCUACAAGUGUUAUCACAAAGAUCUCUAUUGCCCUAAAGCAUGCCUCCGUACUUGUGUUGUGGAUUGUAAGAAAUGCAAAGCUGUUUGUAAGGCCCCUCCUCCCCCACCACCGCCUCCACCACCGCCACCUCCGCCACCUCCGCCACCUCCGCCGAGACGUAGAUGGCGCCAGUCACCCCCUCCUCCCCCAAAGAGGUAUCACCAUUCGCCACCUCCUCCUCCCAAGGCUUAUCCUUCACCACCACCUGCCCCUUCAGUUGUUCCACCUCCCCCUCCUCCAACUACAACUCCACCUCCGUCACCUCCUGUUUCUACCCCGCCGUCACCACCAUUGCCUCCUCCUACUACCCCAUCACCACCGCCAUCCCCUAUUCCUACCCCUUCACCACCUUUGUCUACACCAUCAUCACCGCCACCCCUUACUCCUACUCCAUCACCGCCGCCGCCCCCUACUUUUUCACCACCUUCUUUGUAUCCUCCUCCACCACCGCCUUCGUCAGAGGCCGCCGGUGAAAAGAGAGUGAAAUGCAAGAACAAGGACUACCCUCAUUGCUACGGUCUAGAGAUGAGUUGUCCUAGUGGGUGCCCUGAGCAAUGCGAAGUUGACUGCGUUACAUGCAGUCCCGUUUGUAAUUGCAACAAACCAGGUGCUGUCUGCCAAGACCCCAGAUUCGUUGGUGGUGAUGGUAUAACCUUCUAUUUCCAUGGCAAGCGAGACCAAGACUUCUGCCUCGUAUCUGAUUCCAACAUCCACAUCAACGCCCACUUCAUCGGCAAAAGACACCAAAAUAUGAGGAGGGACUUCACUUGGGUCCAGUCUCUAGGUAUCCUCUUUGACAACCGCAAGCUCUUCAUAGGCGCCAAACCGACUUCCACUUGGGAUGACUCUGUCGACCGCCUAGCCAUAGUCAUUGACGACGAAACCAUCAGCCUUGCUGACAACGAGGGCGCAUACUGGCGAUCACAAGGACUCAAGAUCACAAGAAGCAAGAACACAAAUGCUGUAGAAAUCGAAGCCGAAGGGAACUUCAAGAUCAAAGCAGUAGUGGUGCCGAUAACGGAGAAAGAGUCAGUGAUACACAAGUACGGGAUUACACAGGAGGAUUGCUUUGCUCACCUUGACUUGAGCUUCAAGUUUUAUGCCCUCAGUGGGGAAGUUAAUGGUGUACUGGGACAGACGUACAGUGAGAACUAUGUCAGCAGGGUUAAGAUGGGUGUCGUGAUGCCUGUUUUGGGUGGUGAUAGAGAAUUUUCAUCGUCUAGCAUCUUUGCCUCAGAUUGUUCUGUUGCUAGGUUUAGCGGUGAAUUUAGUGAAAAGUCCAAGUAUGCUAGUACUAUGAAUUGUGCUAGUGGGAUGGAUGGUCGUGGAGUUGUUUGUAAGAGAUGA